UGUAUUGAGGAGAAAAGACAAUCUUUAGCAAUACGUCUAGCACAACAUAGCCUAAUGCAUGAGAAGGAUCAAAUAUUUUACUAGAGCGCAGCAACUACAUUUCUGGGACAAUAACACUAACACACAUUUGAUAUUCCAACAUGCGAUAUUACGCACAGUUCUGAGCCUUUAACUAAGAACGAACUCAUCAUGACAUCAGCAGCUCAAACGGUCCCUUUAAAUGUCUGGUUCAGCUGAUAGGCUGCAUGUUUCUCUCUCUCUCUUUCUCUCCCUGUAAAACCUCUCCGAGACAUUCCGCACCCUCCUGAAACUCUUCCACUCACUUUGUCUCAAAUUGAAGAGUCUGUCUGAGGAAAGAGAGGGAGGGAGAUUUACGCGUCUCCGUCUCCAUUGCGCACAGAGAACUGCUCGUUUAUCUUUCGUUUCUAUGUUUCUUUAAUUUGUUCACUUCCUCUCCAGCCGAACCGAAUCGAUCGCCCCCAGUCACCGGAGGUCGGGGAUGACGGAUGCGCUUGUGGAGAGCCACUUUCCCUGGAUAUAAACAUGCGACGGGAGCUUGGUUAGACCAAACUAUGGAAACAGGUGUGAAAUGAGUGAUUAUUUGUGUGCAAGGAUAUACUGAGACCCGUUUUGCGCUGUUACUGCGCUUCACUGCGCGUUUAUUGAGACGUUUGGAGAGAUUUGGAUCCGUCGGUGUGAUUGGAGAGGUCCUCUCUCUCCGGUAGCGCAAGAAUCUAUGGAAAAUCACAUUGCGGGACAUGGAUAGACAGUUUGAGCCAUCUGUGGAUGUAGUGCCGAUGAUCAGAGCCCCCGUCUGAGUCUAACAGUGUCCGCUAGAUUCAUCAUGCUGAGGCAGGUGCUGUUGAACUCCACGGCAGCGGCGCGAGACUUCGACCUGAUGACCAACACGCACACGUCGGCACCGAUGAACGUGUCCCACGGGCCCGUGAGCGUGUCGGCCCUCCUGAAGCCCACGGGCCGCGGGAGCGCGCUCCGAGAGGGCGAGCCCGACAAACCUGACCUGGCCACGUACGUGGUGAUGUGUCUGGUGCUUUUCCUGCUGGUCCUUCUCAUCGUGUUCUUCAUCAACUGUCAGCUGAGGAACUCUUUCUUUGCAUCCAUGCCUUACGACCGCUCACUGCGAGAGGCCCGCAGCUCCUACAAAUGAUCGAUUUGAGCCAGAAAUGAUUGGAUCGUGCCAUUGGAACAUAGGAUGCAAAGCAGUGUGGAUAAUAUAGAUUGAAGAUGAACUCAUUGAUCUGUCUGUAUAUAAUGACUGUUUUGUACUUCUGCACGGCCUUUUCUGUCCAUAUAGGGUUUAUCACAAAUUGUGUGCAUUGUGUAAGACGGAUUAUUUUCUUGUACAGUGUUAAAACAUGAUUAAAUCUCACAUUCAUGACCA